AUGGAACAAUUAGGUGUAUCGUUAUUGAGUUAUUUUUCUUUAUUUAUUACAAAUUCUGUUGGUUCGGCUAAUGUUCAUGUUAAUCAUACAUUUGUUAUUGAUGAAUCAGAUCAUGUACGAAUUGAUCAUGAUUUCAGUAUUGGAUUUACUCAUGUACUUAAUGAUAAUGAUUAUCGUAAUCGAAGUAUUCUUUCUUAUCAUUAUUAUUAUUGUACAAUUUUAUCUAUUGUACCUGUACCAGGCAAUAGUACAAUACCACUAUUUGAUCGAGUACUUUGUGGUUUAGCAUUUUUAACUGAAUUCGAUGGAUGUAAUAAUUCACCAUCAUGUGAUGAACAAUUUGGUUUAGAUUUAGGUGCGGCUAAUGCAUUUUUACAACUAUGGGAAUUUUGGGGAGAUUUUUAUUAUGAUUAA